AAAAAUCUGUCUCCUCAGAGAAACUGCCAAAGUCUUGGUGCGCAUCUCGCAUCUGUGCAUAAUAAACUGGAACAUGAUUUUCUGCUGGGUCUGUUGCCUUCUUCUUCCACACGUGCUUGGAUUGGUGCUCAUGAUGGAGAACAAGAUGGACAGUGGUUGUGGACUGAUGGAACUGUGAUUGACUACACCAACUGGUGCUCUAUAGAACCAAACAAUCAUGGUGGUCCAGAGAACUGUGUGGAGAUCAGCUGGACCUCUAACCGCUGCUGGAACGAUUUGGGCUGUUCAAACCAAAUAGGCUAUAUUUGUGUUACAGACCUGUGAGAUCAUAUGCAGUCAAGCUGCUCCACAGUUACUUUGAUUGUACACUUUCUGAUCUUAUCUUUACCAAAAAAUGACAUCAUUUAAAUCUUUUCUAAGCUUUAAUCUCUUCUUCUAUGUAAUCAUCUUUAAUGCAUUCUCUGAAACUUUCCUCUAAUCAAU